CACGCUUCCUCAUGUCCGAACCGCCACUCAAUUAUACUUUCCACGACUCUUCCUCGUACCAUCAUGGGCCGGAAACACCGUAAGACUCAGAAGCAAAAAAAAGCAGCGAAAAACAGGGCUAAUAAUGCGAAUGAAAAAGAAACUUUUGCAGACGGGGAGUAUCGUGCAAGAUCACAGCAGGCGCGGGAGUUCUCCGACGAGAUGUAUAGAAGAUUGGAAUUGCAACGCCUCAACUGUCAAGCUUGGGAGGCAUAUGUCCAAGAGGAGGUAGACAUCUAUACAGGAAGCGGCGCCUAUAAUAUUAUUCUGAAGGAAUCCCUCGGAGUGCUAGCAACAUUGGGGGUACUGCUUGUACUGCUUUUCACCGAUGAAGUUUUCAUCAAGUUAUUUGAAUUUCAGUCGCACCCCAACGCUAUAUUUUCGGUGGUAUAUCUCUUCUGCUGCGGGAAUACAGGUAUAGCGCUCUCGAUGCAUGCGUAUAACGGUCAAAUUUGGGCUUCAAUUGCAGCCGAUGGCCUUCCUUUUCUGAGAAGUGCUCGACCGAUAUAUUAUGGCUUGCAUCCUCAAGGAAUAUUACCAUCCAGCAAAAGAAAUCCCUUUUCUAAGAGGGUCGACAAAUACGGUCCUUGGAACACAGUGAUUGCUCCGCUUCGCAUCUUGUUUCUGAAAUUCCUGAGCAAAUUCUCGUUUAUUAUACUCUAUUUUCCUUUCUUAGUCUUUUGGCUGCUUUCUUGUAGCUACGAUGCCUUCCCUACACAGUGGUGGACUAUCGUCGGGGCUCUAGGGACCUUUACUGGCGUCUUGAAGUUUUGUCAUUCCUUCCUCGGUGAGCCCAUAAAAGAGGGUGACCGUAUGGCAGAGGAGGAGCAUAUGCUGUACCAUAUGUUUUGGAGAGGGUUGGGAUUUUCAAGUUAAGCAUGUUGAAGUUCAGACUGAGCUCAGAUGAACUUGAAACAAACCAUUCUCGUAUGAUCUAUUAUCAUCUCAUGUUUACUGAAAUUUGCAUGUAUAUUUUGUAUAUAUAUCCAGCCUUGCUCAUUGUGAUUACUAUACUCUUCGGUGG